AUGGCAGAAUCAUGGAACGAGAUGGUAGAAUUGACAAUCAUGAAUUGCUGGAAAAAGAUGGACAUUUUGCCAUUAGUAUCUAAUGAUGAGAUUGAGUUUAAUAAGAAUGUACACCAGGAAUCAUCCGGGCAAGAGAAAUGUCAAAUUAGAGAACUAUUAAGUGAUUUCACAAGCAAAAAAAUAAAUCCAACCAUUAUACAAGAAAUACAAUACUAUGUACUGAUCACCAAUGCGAAUAUACCUAUCAAAGAAUUUCUCAAUGAUGCUCAAAUUGUUGAAAUUGUACUGGCAGAGCAAUUAGAAGACGAGCAAGGUAAUCUUAAUGACAGUAAUGAGGAAUUAUGCAACAUUCUAUCUUUAAAUAUAUUACUUGGAUUAAAAAAUUUUAUCAUAUUUUUUAAACAGCAGAUGAGUAGUGAUUUUAAUGCUGAUGACCUGAAGGUAUUUCAAAAAUACUUGCCUCUAAUGGAGAAAAAAAAUGCUGAAGCAAAGAAACAAAAAUCUAUUAUGGAUUUUUUUGACUCAUUAAAGAUUCAAGAGACUACCAAUAAUAAUUAG